AUAAAAAUUUAUGAGAACGUACUUCACAUUGCUCAGAUCAAUAAAAUUUACUGGCGAUAAAAAUGUAGAAACAGCAUUACACAAAAGCGUUAGGUAAAAAUACUCAAUGUUCCGAUCAUACAUUAUUUACAGUUUCAUAUUUUUCAAUUUUAUAUUUUUGAUAAAUGGGCAGAACGAAACAGAAAAAUUUAAACGUGAAUACAAAGUAGGGGUCAGUGAUAUAGCAUCAUCAUUAGUGACACUUCUUGGGGCAGAUGAAGAAAAUACCAGAAUACAAGAAUUGAAACAAAAACUUGAUAAAAUAGAUAGCUAUGUCAUAGACAAAGAUAAGUACACUGAUUUUUUACUAAAUGUAACGAUGAAAACAGAUUUGAACGAAACAAAUUUUUUCAAUGCCUUAAACGAGUCCGAUCAGUUUCAUUUUUUAAUGGAAUCUGAACCUAAAAACGUGUACUUAAAGUUAAAAGAAAGAAUGAACAGGGAUGACAUUAUGAAAAUUUUAUCAGAAAGUGGUAGAAGAAGCCCAUUGUCAAGAUCUGCCAGAAAAAUGAUGAACAGCAUGUCUGGUAACCAAGAAAUAGAUGACGACUUGGUAACUAACGUUGUGGACAAAAUGAUUGCGCAAGUUCCUAAAGACGACCAUAAAUUCAAUUAUAGGAAAGAAGAUAAUAAGUACUGGGACCCCCAAAAAGAACUUGAAGAUCUACAAGAAUUUCAUAGGCAUGAUGGGCGAAGGAUAUUCAAAGGAGAAAGGACAACGAUCCGAUACUAUCCUUUUAUGGUUUCCGUUCACGUAAUGGGCAGAUUUUGGUGCGGAGGAGUUAUUUAUUGGCAUGAUCUGGUUCUUACUUCGGCAGCUUGCUUACAACUGCUGCAUAACAACCGAUUCUUCCGUGAAAAUCCUAGUGUAUUGAGUGUAAGAGUUGGUAGUAAUCACAGCAGGAUUGGAGGAGACCUGGUAGAAGCACUUGAGGUGUAUUUUCAUCCUAGCUACAAUCCACGCACUCUUCGUAACAACAUAGCAGUGGUGCGUCUUCGUCGGCAUCUAUAUUUUAAUUAUCACCGGAUUCCAAAAAUUAUCGACAUAUCACACAAUAGUUACGGCCUUGCUCCCACUUCCGAAGUUCUAGUCCUUGGAUGGGGCGUCACGAAGAUGUCUCAGAAGUUACCAUAUCAACCAGUGUUUCUAAAUCGAAAACUUCUACCUGUUUAUCCGAAUGUAUUUUGCAAGGAGGUAUAUGGAGAGAAAUUUAUAUCAUCUAAGAUGUUUUGCGCCGGUACGUUUACAACUGGGGAAGGAGCUUGCGAUCAUGAUGCCGGUGGUCCAGCAGUGUUAGCCGGGAAACUAGUGGGCAUCAUAUCCUUUGGGCCAGCUGUCUGCGGGUAUCCUAACGCUCCUACGGUAUUCACUCUAGUCGGUGCAUAUGCUGAUUGGAUUGAAACGAUCAAUGAAACGAUGCCUGACUACUACCGCGGCAAGAAACGCACGACAACAGUGGAUCCCUUCCAGUAUUUCCCGGAGCUGAAGAUCAAGAAGAAGAGGCAGACUUAUUUACCUGUUACGGAAACUGAAUCGCUUGAGGUGGACACGACGACUUCCACUACCACCACAGAAAUAAGAACAGAUCCUACAAUAGUUACAACUACAUUACCGACGUUGAGGCAAAAGAAGAGGUUGAAAAUGGCGGACGAUUCUGACGUGGAUGGAUUUAGUAUUGAUUUGAAAUAAAAAUAAGUAAC